GUUACAACAAGCUGAGUGGCCAAUAUGGCGGGCAGCUAAAGGGGGCGAGAUGCUUACAGUUCCGACAAAAUGAGGGUCCCCCGAUGCAGCUUUGGAGUUCGGAGAAAGUGGAUCAUUUUCCCCAUCCUGCUCAUCCUUUUGGUCGGUGCAGCCCUAACAGCUUUGCUGCCUCCGGCUGAAGAACAUGGAGAUGUCGGUGUCCUGGAUGUGUUGCGCAGGGCAACAUCACAAAAGGAGAAACCUGCACAACAAACAGAUACCUCAGAGGAGAAGUUUAGCAUCAUCAUUCAGACGUACAACCGCACAGACCUUCUGCUCAAACUCCUGAAUCAUUACCAAGCAGUGCCUCAUCUUCAGACCAUUAUCGUAGUCUGGAACAACGUCAGGGAGCAGACACCAGUGAAGCUUUGGGACUCUUUGGGUCCUCAUCCAGUUCAGGUUGUCUUCAAGGAACAGACAAGUAACCAGAUGCGCAACAGACUGCAACCCUUCUCUGAGAUUUCCACUGAUGCUGUGUUGAUGGUAGAUGACGACACCCUCAUCAGUGUUCCUGACAUCAGUUUUGCUUUCUCCGUCUGGAAGCAAUUUCCAGACCAAAUAGUUGGAUUUGUCCCACGAAAACACAUUUCAACACCUGGAGGCGUAUACAGUUACGGAAGUUUUGAGCUGCAGAAUCCAGAAAUGUCUGGAGGCGACAUGUACUCGAUGGUUUUAAUUGGAGCCGCCUUCUUCCACCGUCGCUACCUGCAGCUUUUCCAGGACCAACCUCCAGCGGUGCACACCUUAGUGGAUGAAACACAGAACUGUGACGAUAUUGCUGUGAACUUUGCUGUAGCUUUGUAUUUAAGGCAACAUUCAAAAUUAAGCACAAUCAAAAGAUCCUCCGGUAUCUUUGUGAAACCCGUGGAUCUCCGCAAUAUUGAAAAGGAUGCCCGGAGCGGAUACCAGGGAAUGUGGCAUCGUCCGGAGCACCUUCUCCAAAGGUCCUACUGUCUAAACAGGCUGACACAAAUCUAUGGCUUCAUGCCACUCGAAUACUCCAAUCUGAUGGUAUCCCAGUUUGGUUUUCCCAGCUAUGCCAAUCACAAGAGUAGGGGCUGAGGGAGUUUCAUAGUUUUAAGUCAGAAUCAAACUCUGGUGCUUCUGUUUGACAUCAUCAAAUGCCAAUCAGCUGAUGAUCUGAAGAUAUUGGCAAAUGUGUCCUGAAACAAGUGUUUCCUUACACACCAGUGAUGGGCUUGCCUUACAAAUGGUCAACAUUCAAUCAGGUACAGGAAAUAGUUAGAAAAGAAAAAUAAUAUUCUUUAGAGUUUAGUUUUUUUAAUUCAUUUUUACUUACUUUGUUUUCAACUCUUUUUUUUCUGCUCCCUUUUUUACAAAUAAGCGCUAGAAGACCAAGUUACCAAAGAAGUGGAUUUACAAAGAACUGUGUUACCCUUUUGAAUUUUGCAUAUUUAACAAAGCAAAUGCUCACAUUUGGAGCACGUGUAGACACUCGUUUUUAUGACAGGAGUUUUUUAUAAACUGUUUUAUGUGAAUUGACAGAAUAAAGUUUUUUUUUUCUCUAAAUGUAA